AUGGGUGACCCGAGGGGAAAGGGAGUAGUGAUUGUUCUCUCCUCCUCUGAAGAAGAUGAGGAUGAUGACCGCGAAGAAGAAGAUGAAUGUAGCGAUAGCGAUGAAGCGUCCGAAUCCGAAUCAGAUGCCAAUGACAGUGAUAUUGAUGAUUCCUCCCUCUCCGACAAAGUUGUCGCCCUCCUUCAAGAAGGAAAUGAUAUAGAAUCCUUGAAAUUAAACGAAUGCAAAGCGUAUCUACGGAAACAUGGCCUGAGGCUAGCGGGAAAUAGAGCAGUUUGUGUUGCGAGGAUAAGGGAGCAUUGGAGGUUAAAACAUGGAAGUGGGUACACACUGUACCCGAGAUCGUCCUUUGCCAUUAAUUGUACUGGUGAUGUCUGCAAGGGAGAUGUUGUUCUGUUCAGACAGAAGGUCUAUGAAAAGUUUGACAAAGUGACUCGGCAUGGAAGACGUAUGGGAAACAGAACUGUUGCAGGGAGGGUUGUGAAGGAAAGUUACGGUGCAGCUAAACAACAACAUACGUUCACUGUUGAGGUGAUGUGGAGUAGCGGAGUUAGGAGAUUGCCUCCACUUUUUCCUUUGCUUGUAAAGGGCCGCAAUCUCUAUAAACAGAAAACUUACAGACAGAGAUGGGAAAAUGAAGCUGAUAGAGUUAAAGUGCUUUCUGAGAAGCACAGACGAGGUGCAGCAGCGAGGUUUGUGAGAGCAGUGAAACAAAAAAAUAAAGGCUCUUAUGCAAGUGGAUCUAAGGGUUCCAAACGGCAGCAUGAAAUCCAGAAUACAAAACGAUCCCAAAAAGGAAGAUCGUGUGAACUAGGUAAGGUUAGGAACGUUGAUGGCUGCAGAAGAGCAAAUGACUUUCAAUCUCAAGAGGCUACCUCAUCAGCACAAGCAACAUGGAAGAAGAAUGCAUCUUCAAGAGCCGUCAUAUCUACAAGGGGAGGGCAUAAGCCUGCUGAAUAUGACCAGUAUAAAGUUCCAAUUUAUCCAUCAUAUGCUAGUCAUAGACAAAGUUCAUACCAGUCUCAAGUAAAUUCUCGAAGCAGGAAUGAACCAAGCCAAUUCUCUUAUUCCCAGAGAGGCCUAGACCUAAUUCCAAAUAUGACAGGGUACCCACCUUUCAGGCCUCAGGUCGGUGAAUUCAAAUCUAAAUCACAACAUCUGGUGUCCAGCGAUAGCCAUCAUGCCCACAUAAACCCAUACAAUUUUGAAAUGAAGAAUUUGAAUGCAGAAUAUGUUGACAGGCCAUUACCAUUGUCUUCACGAGCCAAGUAUGGAUGGAGAAAGCACCGUAUAUGAUAUGAAUACUCAGACAAAAAACAGUUUAAUUUCACCUUUUAACGGUGGCAUCCCUUCUUACUUGUGCUUUCCAGUUUGGGCUAGUGUACAUCAUAUGUAGGGAUAAAUAAUAGGGGAUGUAUAUGGAGCCUUUUUCAAAUGUAGUCUUAGUUAGGAUUCACAGAUACUUCAAAAUGCUUUCAAAGGUAGUCUAGGUUGCUGCACAAUUCUCUUGUAAUUUUUAGAAUUUUUUGUAUUCAGAUAUUGGUAUCAUGUGAUUUUUCCUGUAUCUUUGUCUCUACUUACUAGGAUUUUAGAAU